AUGAGAGAAAAGAAGCAUAGUUUUGUGACAGCGACUGGCCACAAGGUGUCAUUGGCACCGUCAGGGCGAAUCAGCCUCACGUCUGAAUUGGCAAUUCAAGCCGACGAUGAUUUUAGCGCUGCCGAUGGAGUUUUACUGGAUAUUGGUAAGAGAACAUGUCUACUAAGUAAAGAUUUUGUAUCUUUAUAAACUGGAGCUAACGUUAGGCCUAGAGCCAAAGCUUUUGUAGUUGACAUUCUGAUAUAUUUUAAUAUCUUAAAACCUAAAAACCUCAUUAUAGGUAUAACAAACCGCUAUGUGAUGUUCAUAGUACUAUCGAUGGGUCUAUUUUGGGGACUGGGGAUCAUGUCAGUCAUGUGUUCUGUUUUCUAUGAACGUGGCUUCACUUGUGACCACGACGACUAUACGUGUGAGAAAGAACGGUGGAGGAUUAAUACUAUUGAGGAUCAUGUAAGUUACAGCAGUACGUUGAAUGUUAAAGACUGUUAUUCCAUAAUUACAUCAUAGUAAAGCCAAUGGGCUCUCAAAAGUCUUUUUUCUAUCGCGCAAGCGAACGUAAAUUGACAACAAGACCUUUAAGACAUCUUUUAAACUAAACUAAAAUAACGGUCAAAAAAAAUUUUUUUUUAAAUUUUAAUGUUAAGUAAAAUUUUUUCGAAACUAAAAAUUUUAUUUCUCAAAUUUAAAAUUUCAGUUUUUCAUCCACGACAAAUCCUGGUUAUCAGUUGAAUGGUCAGCUAGUAUAUUUUUUGUUGGAGACCUGUUUGGUGGAAUUACCUUAUCAUACCUAUCUGAUUUGUAA